AUGACUAGGAAAAGCUUUGCAAAGUUUAAUUGGUUAUCAUUAUUGGGUAUCGCAUUUUCGCUUACCAGUUCUUGGCUUGGCGUUUCCUCAUCACUGGUGGCUGGCAUAUCUAGUGGUGGACCAUUGCUUAUUAUCUAUGGGUUGAUAAUUGGGGUGGUAUUCACGCUGAUGUGUGGUUUGUCAUUGAGCGAAUUCUCAUCAAUGCUUCCAAAUGCAAGUGGUGUAUGCUUUUGGGUUUUGAAGCUACUUUCUGAGGAGUUAGACCCUGAUAUGGUGGAAAAGGAAGUUGGUAAGUGUGAAGAAGAGGACACUCAAGAAGAAGUUCUUGAAGUCAUGGCUGAUGGCUCAUUAGAAGAUCAAUUAGAUGAGGGCCUCCUCGAAGCUUACUGCAGCGGGAAAAACCUAUUUAUCACCAAAAAAUGGAAAAAAGACCUUGGAAUCAUGACUGGUCUCAUCAAUUACGCGGGUGCUAUUUUCACUUGUGCAAGCAUAUGCGCCUCCCUGUCGCUCAGUAUUCUUGGCCUUUAUUCUUUGAUGCAUUCUGACUAUGAGCUCAAACAUUGGCACGUUUUCCUCACUUUCGAAUUAUUGAAUAUAGCAAUUGCGUUCGUUGCAAGCUGGGCUAGAUGGCUACCAGCCAUCUCUCAAUUCGGCCUUGGCAUAUCUGUUAUCUCUUACUUUAUGACCUUUCUGGUCUGCAUAAUAUCGCGAAGCCUCGACCACAGUGAGCCAUGGCCCUCCGGAAAAGCCAUCUUUGGUGAAUUUGAAAACACAACAGGAUGGUCAUCCAAAGGCAUAGCUUUCAUUGUGGGACUGGUGAACCCAUUGUGGGCAUUUGCCGCCAUUGACUCUACGACGCACAUGGUGGCCGAUGUAGGAUACAGCACCUCGAGGAGGCUAGUUCCCAAGACUAUCAUGCUCACUAUCCUUCUUGGCUUUGCAACCAGUUUCCCCUAUGCCAUCGUUAUGUUCUUUUGUAUCACUGAUACAAAAGCGGUGGCAGAAAGCAUCCUGCCAAUAUUGCAGAUAUAUUAUCAGGCCACGGGAAAUAAGUCUCUGAGUGCUUUCAUGCAGUCCUGUUGCAUCACGACGGGGUUCAUCUGUGGUGUAUCAUGUAGCACCUGGCAGAAUAGAAUACUGUGGUCUGUCUCCGGUACUUACCAUGCCAUCGAGCGCGACGAGAUGCAUGCUAAAAAGGCUGCUCUUGUGAGAAAACUCGGCAGCAUAAAUCCACAGAUCCGGAUUCCGCUCUACGCCCACUUACUGUCCCACUUGUUUGUCGCCAUCAUAGGCUGCAUCUUCAUGGGCUCCAGUACGGCAUUCAAUGCCGUCAUAACCGCCUGUAUCUCUAUUUUGCUGCUAUCCUACGCAAUUCCCUGUGUCAUCAUGCUCUUCGUAGUUGGAAAGAAGAGCUUUUACAGAAGAAUUGCCAGUGAACAUCAGGCUUUGCAAGUCCGCCAGGAAUUUAGCGAGAGUAGAGCUAGUUGGUACCUGAUCCCGAACAUCCUAACCAUCUGCUGGGCUAUUUUCUGCUUGGUGUUCCUAUCUUUUCCCUAUGUGAUUCCUGUGGACAGCUCCAAUAUGAAUUACGUUUGUGUGGUAUACGGAGCCACUGCUAUUUUAAUUGGUAUAGCUCUGCUAUAG